UCCGAUGCGAUCGUCUCGCGCACGCAGUGAUAAUAUUAUUAACACAUGAUAUACACGUAGGUAUCGUUGUCGCCGGCUGUACGAAAAAAAAAAUAUAAUAUAUUUAACGCACAUUUGUAAUAUAAUAUAAUACAGUAUAGGCAAGGUGACGAUUUUCUUUUGUUUUAUCAUAUCUUCCCUCUCGACGCGUGUUGAUUGUACGACCGAUUCGCCGACGUGUGAUAUUUCGACAGCACAAUAUACUGUACGGCAAUAAUAAUACUGUAUAACUGUAAUAUUAUAUUCUGUUAGUACCUGUUUUGUUGUACAGCGUAUACUCGUGGUCUGCGUCAGGGCUAUUCAUUCCUACCGCACAGACGUUAUGUUGCCGCGGGUUUUGGUGGCCGUUCAGGUGUUGCACGCCGUCGCGUUGGCCGAAAUCCUGAAACCCACCUGGCACCAGUAUUACUACCCGGGACACCAUGCUUAUGGUAUACGGUAUUUUGAAAAGCUGGCCUCGAUGCGAGAGAACUUCCAGAAAGGCAUACCAUAUAACAAAUGGGGAUUUUACAACCGAAUAGACACCGCUUCAGCGACGGAGAGCAAAAAGACACGGAGACUGCGAAUCGGCAGUGGAUGGUGGAAGUUGGUGCCGCCGACGGGAGCCGAGAUCAAUUGCGAAUUUCCGAGUACUGUGCCGGUGAUAUCCAACAUCGUGUGGGAACGAGUGGACCCGGGAAAAGCGGACAAGGAGAUGGCCAUGAGGCGAAUGGGCGAGGUGCAGACGUACGACAUGCACCUGAGGCCCAAAGGCAGCACGCUGCAUUUCCAUGACGUGACGCCCCUGGACAAGGGCCUUUACAGGUGUCUUGCGUCGUCCGUGGACAGGCUGACGGGUGAACCGCAGACGGUGUUUCAGGACACGGACUUCUAUCCGGAUGUGGUCUGAACCGAGCGCGCCCGCUGAUCAGCCCCGGGGACGACGGCCGCAGAUGUCGUCGUGAGCGUGGGGCGAGACUGACAGCGGAGCUCACGCCGUAAUAAUAAUAUAAUUUAAUAUCCCGUCGUAUUAUCGCGCGUGUACGUUUGUAUUAUAUUUUGUACUGUUGUUGUUGUUAUUAUUAUUAUUAUGCAUUAUGUAUUAUGUAUUAUUAUCAUUAAUACCGUCGUCAUUACCAAACAAUAUUCACGGGCUGAUGUAGUAGUAAUCAAAAAGUGCAGAUGAGCCACAAUUCAGACGCGUGCACCUGAUAUCAUGUAAUCGUGUAGAUAAUCUUAGUUCUAAACAGUGAUAGGCCACCGACUCACAUGUAUCGGGACUGUGUAUAGGCACUGUUAGAAACGAAAUAAUAUUAUCAAAAAACUCGUUCGUAUAUUAUGCGCCGCAAACGUGGCGGGCAUCAUUACCGUUUUAUCUAGACAAUGUCAUCUAUAAUUGUACAAGCACGAAAGGUAUUUAUGAGCAUAUAGCAUUAUAUCUGAGGGUAUGACCCUUCACACCUUCGAAUACUGUAAUAUCGUUCACUCGUGAAUAUAAUAUUAUGUGUGUCGGACGUUUAAAUUUAGUACAAUAUUAUAUAGUGUCUGUUCAGUAACCGCGUCGGCGCGUUAAUCCGAUUGUCUUGCGGAUCAAACGCGAUCGCGUGGUUUGUAAAAAAUGUCAAAGCUCUUCGUCACGCAAA